AUGUCCGACAACAACAUAGUAGGCAUAGAGUAUAACAGAGUCACAAACACCACAUCGACGGAUUUCCCUGGCCACCAGCAGCAUGGCGACUACUCGUGGGACAUUGAACAAUUCAAGCGCAAAUUCGAGAUCAAGAUCACCAACUUGAAUGACAGAACAGCCACGUUUGAUUUAAUCCACAUAGACACCUCGAUUGCCAACGCGUUCCGUCGUAUCAUGAUUGCUGAAGUGCCUAGUGUUGCCGUGGAAACCAUUUACUCAUACAUGAAUACCUCGGUGAUUCAAGAUGAAGUGUUAGCACAUAGAAUCGGAUUAAUCCCACUCAAGAUCGAUCCUGAUUCCUUGUCAUGGGUAGAUAAAUCAUUGCCUGAGUCCGACCGUUAUACCGAGGACAACACCAUCGUGUUGACUUUGGACGUUGUGUGCACCAAAAACUUGCAAGCGCCUAAAAACUCGACUGAUCCUCGCGAAUUGUACAAGAAUAGCCAUGUUUAUGCGCGAGAUUUGAAAUUCGAGCCUCAGGGUAGCCAAUUGGAGAAAUACAAGGACCACCCCGUGGAGCCAACGGACCCCGAUAUUUUGUUGGCCAAGUUGAGACCGGGGCAAGAAAUCAGCUUGAGGGCGCAUUGUAUUCUUGGUAUGGGGUGCGAUCAUGCUAAAUUCUCGCCCGUGGCUACUGCUUCGUAUAGAUUGUUGCCUGUGAUUGAUAUAAGGCAGCCCAUCACGGGCGACGAGGCCAAGAAGUUUCAAAAGUGUUUCCCACUGGGCGUCAUUGGUAUCAACAGCGAUGGCGAGGCCUAUGUCCAGGAUGCGCGCAAGGAUACUGUUUCAAGAGAAGUGUUGAGACAUGCGGAAUUUGAAGGCAAGGUCAAAUUGGGCAGACAAAGAGACUAUUUCAUUUUCAAUGUCGAAUCCACUGGAGCCAUGCCCCCUACUGAAAUAUUUCUCAAGUCGAUCAGAGUCUUGAAAGAGAAGGCUGUCUAUUUGAGAAACUGUCCAAUUGGUCAGUGA